UCGCUUGUUUUGCAGCCUGGUGUUCACCUUGCACCGAAGAUGAAUUUACAGACGAGCUGCCGCCAGGUGCAGACCGCAUCCGAUGGAGCGCUGCGUUUCAUCCCGGCCGCCGAUCAGCUCGAUGCAGUUCUUCCUUACGUCGCGCAGAUCCCAUUUGACGGAUUCUGAUAUGGACUAUGAGAGGCCAAACGUUGAAACUAUCAAGUGCGUGGUAGUGGGAGACAACGCUGUCGGAAAAACCCGCCUUAUUUGCGCUCGGGCCCUGCAAUGCCACACUAACUCAAUACCAACUACUUGCUACACAUGUGCCACAGUCUGGGCAAUUGACCAGUACAGAGUGUGCCAGGAGGUGCUAGAACGCUCUAGAGAUGUGGUGGAUGAUGUCAGUGUGUCCCUUCGCCUGUGGGAUACAUUUGGGGACCAUCACAAGGACCGACGCUUUGCAUAUGGCAGGUCUGAUGUCGUGGUGUUGUGCUUCUCAAUCGCCAACCCCAACUCCCUCUACCAUGUGAAGACCAUGUGGUACCCUGAGAUUAAGCACUUUUGUCCACGUGCCCCAGUCAUUUUAGUAGGGUGUCAGCUGGACCUGCGCUAUGCUGAUCUCGAGGCAGUAAACAGAGCACGGCGGCCUUUAGCAAGACCAAUUAAGUCCAAUGAGAUCCUUCCUCCAGAGAGAGGUCGUGAGGUGGCCAAAGAGUUGGGAGUACCAUAUUAUGAAACUAGUGUUGUUGCUCAAUUUGGAGUCAAGGACGUUUUUGAUAAUGCUAUUCGAGCUGCACUCAUCUCACGCCGCCAUCUGCAGUUUUGGAAAUCUCAUCUCAGAAAUGUGCAAAGGCCUCUCCUUCAGGCACCUUUCCUGCCACCAAAACCUCCCCCACCUAUAAUCACUGUGCCUCUUCCCCCAGCCUCGACAGAGGAGAAUCCAGUUAAUCUUCUGGAGGACCCACACUGUGCUGAUAUCAUCCUGGUGCUACAGGAGCGACAGAAAAUCUUUGCACACAAGAUAUACUUGGCGACAUCUUCUUCAAAGUUCUAUGACCUCUUCAUUAUGGACACACAACCAGAUAAAAGUGAAAGGCCAGCUCGUGGUCCAUUCUCUGGUCGUGAGCUGCUGAUGCGUGCUGCUAGCUUUGAUGUUUGUGAAAGUAGUGAUGAUGGAGACAGGGCCAACCUGAGGGCUUGCACAAGUGAUGGAACCUUAAAAGACUCUGAAUGUAUCCAACGGGGCAGGCUGCUGUCCUCAUGGAGUAGAGCUUUUGUCACCAUCCAGGAUGAGUUUGUAGAUGAUCCAGUAACAUACAGCCCAAGGCCAAUGACUGUAAUCCACAUGGAUCAGUCGAUGCAGCUUGGUCCUUUUCGGGCAGUACUUCGCUACUUGUACACAGGUCAGCUAGAUGAGAAUGAGAAAGAGCUUAUGCACAUUGCACACAUUGCAGAGCUACUGGAGGUCUUUGACCUUCGGAUGAUGGUGGCAAACAUACUUAACAAUGAAGCCUUCAUGAACCAAGAAAUCACCAAAGCCUUCCAUGUACGCCGCACAAACAGAGUCAAAGAGUGCCUGGCCAAAGGCACUUUUUCUGAUGUAGUAUUUAAGCUUGACGAUGGGACGAUCAUGGCCCAUAAGCCUUUGCUUAUCUCUAGUUGUGACUGGAUGGCAGCUAUGUUCGGCGGGCCUUUUGUGGAGAGUUGCACCAAAGAAGUGCUUUUUCCUAAUACGACUCGUAGCUGUAUGAAGGCUGUGCUUGAAUAUCUCUAUACUGGACGGUUUUGUUCAAGGCCUGAUUUGGAUGCGAUGGAGCUUAUUGUUCUUGCCAAUCGUCUUUGCCUCCCACACCUGGUUGCACUUACAGAACUCUACACAGUAACCGUAUUGACAGAGGCAGCGAUGAUGGGGGCUGACAUUGAUGGCGAUGUUCUGGUGUACUUGGAUAUGGCCCAGUUCCAUGGUGCCCAGCAGCUCACUGGCUGGUGCCUUCAUCACAUCUGCACCAAUUAUAAUAGUGUGUGUCGGAAGUUUCCCCGUGACAUGAAGGCCAAGUCUGCAGAGAAUCAAGAAUACUUUGAGAAACACCGCUGGCCACCAGUGUGGUACCUGAAGGAGGAUGACCACUACCAAAGAGCACGCAAAGAGCGCGACAAAGAAGACUAUCUGUACCAGAGACGGCAGUGUAAACGCAAGUGGCUCUUCUGGAACCUUCCUUCCUCCCCUUCCUCAAACUCUUCUUCUUCUGGUUCAUCUGCUGUCAUCUGACGAACUUAUUGAAGCUAAACUCGCUGUGGAGGUCAGUGUGGAGUUGUACGUUGUAUGAUGUGCUGGUAAUUCGGGCACACAGUUCUUCGGUUACUCCUUCAGCUUGUUCAGCACUCCUCCGGGUCUGCAUGCGUCUGACGCUUCGAUUUUUCCGUUCCAAGGGAGUUCCACACAUUUUGGCGAUACAAAUCUUCUUGACAAAUGGCACAGUGUAACUAGUGUAAAUAACUCACGUUGAUAGCUAUAUGUUGCGCUACCUAAUUCCAGUCAUUCAUAAAGGACUCUUUCCAUCGAUGAAUCAUCACCAUUUAAUGUAAAGUGACAACCAAGUGCUGCUUAACAGCUACAAUAACCAGCAUUUGAACACAAAACCCAAGUCUCAGAGAUAUAACACUUUGCCCUUAAGUGUUUGUACAAUCUAUCAAACCAUGUGUACAGUCUGAUCUCUUCAACAGGACAAAA